AUGUCAGCCAAGUCCAAGGGGACCCCCUCCUCGUCCUCUCCAGCCGAGGGACCGCCGGCAGCCUCCAAAACCAAGGUGAAGGAACAGAUCAAGAUCAUCGUGGAGGAUCUGGAAUUAGUCCUGGGCGACCUGAAGGACGUGGCCAAGGAACUUAAGGAGAAGCUCCAUUACCUACUCCCACCUCCCCACAUGAUGAAACAGGGAAACAGUGCUGCAGGCAGAGUGGCAACAGGACACCAGGAAAUGCCCGAGAAGGUGGUUGACCAGAUUGAUACCCUGACCUCUGACCUACAGCUGGAGGAUGAGAUGACUGACAGCUCCAAAACGGACACCCUGAAUAGUAGCUCAAGCGGGACAACAGCCUCCAGCAUAGAGAAGAUCAAAGUGCAGGCCAAUGCCCCCCUCAUUAAGCCCCCAGCCCACCCAUCUGCUAUCCUCACGGUCCUGAGAAAGCCAAACCCUCCAGCGCCUCCUCCACGGUUGACACCCGUGAAGUGUGAAGACCCCCAGCGAGUGGUGCCCACUGUCAAUCCGGUAAAGACCAAUGGCACCCUUCUGCGAAACGGAGGCUUCCCUGGGGCACCAACCAAAAUCCCCAAUGGAGACAUCUACUGCAAACCCAGCAGUAACUUGGACAAGGCUCCCGGGCAGCCUCUGAUGCACAGACCCGAAAAAGACAGGUGCCCCCAAGCUGGGCCUCGGGAGCGAGUAAGGUUUAAUGAAAAAGUCCAGUACCAUGGCUACUGUCCUGACUGUGACACCAGGUAUCACGUAAAGAACAGGGAGGUCCACUUACACAGUGAACCCGUCCACCCACCAGGAAAGCUUCCUCCCCAAGGCCCUACCCACCCACUUCCCCCUCAUCUCCCUCCUUUUCCACUAGAAAAUGGGGGGCUGGGAAUAAGCCACAGUAACAGCUUCCCCCCACUCAGACCUGCAACUGUGCCUCCUCCCACUGCACCAAAACCACAGAAGACGAUCUUGAGGAAGUCCACCACUACAACAGUGUGA